CAUCCAUGAACCCCUUUUCUUUAUUUUCUCUUCAUUUUUUCUCUACAGAUAGGUCAAGUGGGCUUUAAGUUGACAGUUGGCCCAAUCGACUCAUCAAAUGGACGGAGAGCAACAAAUUUACAAAUAUCAAAUGGCCUUAGCCCAUCUAAGUCUCCUCAGGCCCAUCUAUACACGACCCACGGUGACUGUUGUGGCAGGCUUGCAGCAAGCAGCGGCCACCGGAAUCGCCACCCUCGUCGCCGGCGCGGUAGCCGGCAGGAGUUUACCGACUAGUCGGCUACCGACUCGGCUAAUCCUUUGCGCGGAGAUGUAUAGCAAAGCUCGGCGGGGCAAGCGGUGCCUACUGAACCACUCGUCGUGCUCGGGUCCCGUCCGAUGUGGGAGCGCCGCGAAGGUGCUCGGAGAAAUGGGGCACCAGGGCGCCGCACUGGCGCUCGGGGUAGGUAUGUAAGGAGUGAUGUGCGGAUCGAGCGCUGAAUUUUCGAAGACCUCACCCGUCAUCUUUGAAUCUCACUCAUCGGCUUGAAGCCUGGUGGGCACUCCAGUCUGUAGCGUGGAGUAUCCGCCCACCUCUGAAAACGACGACGGCUUCCUUGGAGGCUUCUGUCCGUCAUCUUCUUGGAUAUUUCGUUCAACGCGGUGGCCACAGUCCAAUGGCGGCUCACAAGAUGGUAUUGCCGUCUUGUGGGCCUGAUGAGUACACUGAAAAGAGGUUCUGAUCUUCCAAUUAGUUUGUUCACUGAUUGGUGAUUGCACGGAAAAACAGAACAAGACUAGCAAUCACUUGGUGCAGGAUAGCAGGAAGGGGUGAUCAGAAGAAAGGCAACAGAGGCAAUAUAUAAGUUUGCACUGAACUACAAGAUGGCUGAUCCCCUGGCCAGUGUGGAGAAGAUUAUCAAAGUCGCACUCGCCAUCAAGGAGGCCGUCAAGACUGUCCGGAAGAACAAGGAGCAGUGCCGUGAGAUCAGAAAGCGGGUCCUGCGGGUCAGUGCCCUCUUGAAGCGGCUUCAGGAGACAGAGAUCAUGCAAGACCCGGCGAUGUGUGACUCACUGGAGGCGCUCGAGGAGACGCUCACCCACACCCACGACCUCAUCAUCGCCUGCCAGAAGAAGAACAUCAUGUGCCACUUCUGCAUGGCUUGGGACCUUGCCAAGCAGCUGCGCGAAGUAAAGCAGGACAUCUCAGAUCAAAUGGUGGAUGGGAUCUUCGCCGCUAAUGUCAAUGCUACAAUUAUCUUGACAAGUAUUCAAUAUGCGGCUUGCCCUCUGCCCCCAAAGAAUGCAGGGGCGGUGGACAUCUCACAUUGCAGUCAUUCAACUUAUGAUGACAGAUGUGGAUUGAUGAAUCACAGUAAAAACAAUGUACCUGCCAGAAGUGUGUUGCAAUCUGCUCCCUUCUCAUGUUUAACAAAGUUCAGUUUGUCAGAGUUAGAGACUGCUACGAAUGGAUUUUCAGAUGAAAAUCUCAUUGGGCGAGGUGGCUUUGUUAGUGUCUAUAAGGGUGUACUACAUGGCGGUUUAGUGGUCGCCAUCAAGAGAUUUCGAAAUUCAGUUAUAUUUUCACAGGAUCACUUGUAUGAUGAACUUAAUCUUGUUUCAAAGCUCCAGCACAAAAAUCUAGUUAAACUUCUAGGAUAUGGCUAUGAAGUCAUACAAACGGUGGUGCGGGAAGAAUUUCAAGCUCAAGCGAGGCUAUAUUUUUUGGUCGAAGAGCACAUGCCGAAUGGAAACUUGGAGGAUAAUUUGAAAGGGUUCAGACUUGAUUGGUUUAACAGCUUUCACAUAAUCCAGGGGAUAGCGCACGGGCUAAAUUAUCUACAUGUGCAGCACAUUGUCCACUCAGACUUGAAACCAAGCAACAUCCUCUUGGAUUCAAAUAUAAAUCCAAAGAUUGGUGAUUUUGGGAUAGCUAGAAUGUUGGAUCAUGGUAAUAUGACCACUCGUGAUGUCAGCUGCUUAGCUGGCACAAUGGGAUAUAUGCCUCCAGAAUAUAUUGUGGAAGGUAUUUUGUCAACAAAGUAUGACGUGUACAGUUUUGGUGUCAUCCUUCUAGAGAUCAUUAGCAGUAUGUGCAGCUCCAAACCAGCUCGUCGCCAAGCUUCUGUUGAAUGGGCUUGGGAGGUGCGGCGAAUUGGAUUAUUGAUAAAGGAAAUAAAAGUUCGGUGUAACGCAUCUGAGGGUGACCAGAUAAAAAGAUGCAUGGAGGUAGGACUCCUGUGCACCCAAUUUAAUCCGGCGGACCGCCCCACCAUGGGGGAUGUUCUUGAGAUGCUAAAUGGGAAGAAAGAGCUACCGACCCCAAGGAAGCCACGAUAUAGCAAAAGAAGGACCGGCGAAGGUGUGAGGAAUUUCACGCUAAGCGUCCCGAAUGAUGGCGAAGGUGUGAGGAAUUUCGCGCUAAGCGUCCCGAAUGAUGUGAGGUUGUAAAGUUGGAGGAGGGUAGGGUGCAUACAAAUACGACUGAUGACAUAUAUAUUAUGUAGAUAGAAAACAUGUAUAGAUUACAGCUGCGAGUCAUCUCUCUCGAACAAUUUCAUUUUGUGUCCUGUAAAAGUUGAGCGUUCAGUUCGUGUUAUGCACUGUUCUUGUAAAAGUUGUAAGCAUUCUCAUUGCCAGCUCCUUGCUCUCAGCGACCCCUUCUGUAGUGUAGCUUCAUGAACACUAAGUUUUGAAAAUCAUUGUGUACAAAACACAGAAUCAUUUACUCUCU